GGAAGUUGCGACUCGACUUGACUUGCGCUGCAAUGUGAUAAAUGUACUUUGGCCUAAGAUAGGAAAAUCUAGGCUUUUCGACACUUUGAGGGUUGAGGAUAUAUGUUGCAAAGAGCGCAUGGGAUGCGGCUGCCUUCUUUAUGUCCGCAUUAUGCCGAACCGUUGAAGGGUCAGAAAGCGCCAUGAGCUUCUGGAGUCAAUCUCGCGUUAAUGAACCAAGCCAAGUCUUCAUACAAAAACUACCUGCAAACCCCACACCUCAACAAUGGAACGGAAAGCCUGGAUCCCUCAGGCCAGUCAGUGUGUCACGUGGGUCGAUCGCCAGAUAAAGCACUGCUCACGAAAUGAAGUGGCCAAGGAUAUGAGCACAAUGAUUGAUGGAUUCCGAAAGCUAGAGGUCGACCAGCAACCUCUUUUCCUUGAACAGAGAACAACCGACACCGCUGUUUUAAACCGUCAUCAAGAUCUCAAAAACUCUGCACAGUAUUUUGAAAGCCCUACAAGGGUGCCUUUGGCAUGGCUGGAUAGCAAAUCUCAGCUGAGAUGAAGCAAAUUCCACUUGACAGCACAACAAACAUCCAAGUCAAACCCCAAUAUCAACACAAAUAACCCGAAGCCCAGCCAUAGAACAGUGCAAAUAUCAUUGUGUAUGGCGACGUUACAGAAGGGUAACACCCCUAUCAAAACACUGGAACGCUUUCCACUUCCAGGGACGCCAUCGAUCUCGAGGAUAGUGUGCGAAUUUUUAGCCACACAUCGCCAUAAUAUCGUGAUUUCUCAAUGAUGUUUCCAGUCUUGCGGUCUCCACAAAACGACUUUCAUUGAUGGCUUCAUCCGUAGGUCUUGACCAAGGGUUCGUUUAUCUCUGGUCGUGGAUGCGGGUCUUGACAAGACCCGCACUUCUUGUGGCCACAGAUACAUAUAUCAGGCGGUCCGCUUUUGACAACAUGACUGCCACAGCAGCAUUUGUACAUCGUUGAUAGCAGCACAGGGUUUGCGUUUGCCGCGUCCAUCCUUGGCAGGCGUCAGUGGGCAGGCGUCAGUGUAGGUGUUGGUAGAGGGCGACGGGAUAUUGAGAGUGGGUUGUCGAUUAAGGACACUGGUUUUAUCCGUGUCGGGGAUUGAUGCGCUGAUAUAUGGGAAUCCUCUUUGUCAAUCUAGAUAUAUCUCCUAGUGAGUGCGAGAUGUGUCUUCUAGUUUGCCCCUUUAUCAGUUACUGAACGCAUAAGGGGCUCGACCAAGACUGAAGGGGCCAAACUUACAAGUUGGAUCACUCGAAGGGAUAAUUGACCCAGAAAGACGAUAUGCCAAAGUUAAAUGUUGUGCAUCGUUGAGUCUUGCUGAGGUGUCUUGAUACGACUCUUAUGUGUUUGAGUCUCGAGUUAAAGGGGCGCGCCAAGCCAAGACAUACACAAAUCUCUCAUGGAUAACAUCCUGAUCUUACUGGAAGAUAAAAGCUGACGACGGUUCAGGGGCUCCCGAGAAGCGGUGUGAUAAAGAACUCUUUCAGGGGCCCGGACGUCAUUGGCGUUUGUUCUGGAAGCGUUAAGUCUCGUUCGCUGGUCGGUAAUACAAUGGCACCGACCACUCAGUCUGCUACCUGUUAACGUCUGGAAUUCCUGUGAGGCAACGACGCGACUUAAAAUUGCAAGAGUUCGCAAUAUUGUCCCUUUCAUGCUGCCAGUUAAAAAAACGAUCCACCAAACGAAAUCCGCUGUUGCUAUUGUGGCAGGUCACAAGCUCUUAUAUGAGACGUUAGCGAUUUGAACAGGCUCUGACCAGUACCCUGCUACUGACACUGACUGGCCAUGUCCUUUCAACGACUGGAUAUCGUCACCCUCCCCUUAAUAUAUGAUCGCAGCUUGUUUGGACGCUCAUUUCAGGGGCGCGUCAUGGGCUGACCAACAAUUUACGGCUCCAGAAAGUCGUCGUUAUGGUUAGACAUCGUCGCGAUUCUCGCAGGCAGCAACCAGUCUGAGACAGAGCAUCCCAAGUUUCCCUCAGCAAUAGCGACUGCGAUUAUUAGGUCAUCCUGAUGUCCCCAUUGGCGCUUCUCGGUAUUGCCGAGCGGCCCUAAAUCAACCUUGUUUCUGGGAAUCCCCAAAUGCAUUCCAUGGGAGAGGAGGCUCUGCGGAAGCAUUCGGUCUAUCGAGCAGCGGCGCAUGACCACUAGGCUGGUGAUGGACGAUCCUGGUUUUGCAGGAGGCUCUUAAUUUCGUGCGUGGCCUGUUAAAUCUUGGAGCCUCCAUCCGAUGGUCGGCAUCCAGUCAUACGCGACUGGGGUUAAUGACUGCCUGGAGAUGUCAUGACCUUGGGCCCCAGCUAUUGGGCCGGCAAUAACCCUGCUGUUGCUGAAUGCAGAGAAUCAAGCACAGGCUCAGUGAGCGAAAUAUUUGUCAGGGGCUAGGCCAAGACUCAGGUACUAUUCUCGAUACUGCGAUAGCAUCUUGUCUGGCACCCAGUGGAUGCGGCUCUUUCAUUGCGGCUCUUUCUUGCGGCUCUUUCAUUGCGGCUCUUUCAUUGCGGCUUUUGAUUCACGUCUCUAGCUCUAGCAAGUAUUGCUACGUUGGGCAAACUCGCUCGCCCCGUGUGUUUAACAAGGCUGCGGGGGGCUGGUGGUCCCGGGGGUCAAAGGUGUACUCUUAUUCGACCACAAUUCAGAAAACAGAAGAGCGGUGAGGGGCUGUAGCCUCGAGUCAUUCCUUAAGAUUGGCUGAAGAUUUAUGGGUGAGCUGGUCGCGAAUACAUGUAGGUGUGCCAACAACUGAAUAAGAAGACAGCAGAACAACAGACAUAAGAAGGAAAGGCUUCUAUGUUGGUUAUUUCCGACGUACCGGGGGCUGGAUCCUCUGGUGUUUUGUAUAUGCCAUACAAAACUAGGAUAUUACCCCGAAGCAGCACUGCUAACCUCUACACCGGUGUAGUUACCAACCUUCCUCAAUCAGACAUCUCCCGUACUACGCGCCUGUCAUUCUCGCCGCUGACUGACACCGAAUGGUGUCACAGAGCAUGCGGCAUCCCUGGUGGCCAGCGCUCUGUGCCUACUACCGUCAGGGGCGGAGAGAAUGGUGCAAGCAUCUCUGGCAAAUUAUUCCGCGAGGAGAAAAGAGAUAACCUUGCGACAUAUGCAUUGAAAAUGCACAGGUUCAAGCGUGGCUACGUCCAAGCCGGCCACCCCCUCCGAGCCAUGGUUAACCACUAA